UUUCUCAUAUAUCCCGGCUGCUCUCGAACUUGCUCUGUUGCCAAAAAUUCGUGAUUUUCCUGUCUCUACAUCCCAAAUACUGGGGUGACAGAUGUAAUUCAGACCGCUCUGUGUUUUAGGCAUGGUCUCAAGUAGCCCAGGCUGGCUUCGAACUUAGUAAACAGCCAAGAAGGACCUAGAACUGAUUCUCCGGCUCCCAGGUGUCAAGUGCUUGGUUGACAGGCAUGCGCUAUCAAUAACGCCUAGCUCACAGCAGAAGUCUUACGUCAGCGGAAGACAGAGCCUGUGACUUUCUUUCUCAUUCCCCCGUCCAUAUUACAGCACUUCCGAUCAAAACGGCACAGUGAGUAGUGCCGUCCCGGUAGAGCCUUUUGACUUCUCCGGCCUCCGUCGUGCCAGCGGAGCCCCGCCCACCCGCCGCGGACAUCCGCGGCCAUGGUGACCCUGCUGCUUCGCUCUCUACGUCUGCACCGCAAUCGCCCUCGCGGUCAGCGGCUAGCUGUAGAUGUACCCCUCAGGAACGGGAGCCAUGGCACCCGCCCGCUGUACCCGGACCAUAUCCCCACCACCUCGCUGCAAAAGAUACUGCUGGCCGCAGGCUCGGCGGGAAUGGCGCUCUACAACCCCUAUCGCCACGACAUGGUUGCAGUUCUAGGGGAGACCACAGGAUGCCACACCCUGAGAUUCCUCAGGGACCAGAUGAAGAAGGAUCCAGAGGGUGCCCAGAUCCUACAAGAGCGUCCCCGGAUCUCACUGUCCACCCUUGACCUAAGCAAGCUCCGGAGCCUGCCUGAAGGCUCUCUGGGCCGUGAGUAUCUCCGCUUCCUGGAUGUGAACAGGGUCUCCCCAGAUACACGAGCACCUACCCGUUUCGUGGACGAUGAGGAACUAGCCUAUGUGAUCCAGAGAUACCGAGAGGUGCAUGACAUGCUCCACACGCUGCUGGGGAUGCCCACCAAUAUGCUGGGAGAGGUUGUAGUGAAGUGGUUUGAAGCUGUGCAGACCGGCCUGCCCAUGUGCAUCCUGGGAGCACUCUUCGGACCCAUCCGCCUCCGUGCUCAGAACCUACAAGUGCUGUUCUCUGAGCUGAUCCCUUGGGCAAUCCAGAACGGGCGCCGGGCCCCAUGUGUCCUCAACCUCUUCUAUGAGCGGCGGUGGGAGCAGCCCCUGACAGCCCUGCGGGAAGAGCUGCGCAUCAGUCUUCCCCCGGCACAUAUCCAGGGCCAGGCCUAGCCUGCACCGCUGCACUGCUGCACCGGGAGGGCCAAGCCUGCCUCUCCACACACUGCCUUCCUUGGGACAAAGGAGCCCUUCUCUUUGAACCUUGAAUACAACGUGUUAUUGAUCGUAAUGUUCAUAGUCACUACUGUCAUGUGCCUUGAGGCCAGCCCAGGAGAGAGCAGGCAGGGCCGUGAGGGGUCUGUGAGCUAUCCAAAGAGAGCAGUUUGUGUGCCUGGAACAGCCAUCUUGGAUCACCGUGGAUUGUUCAGCCCCUCUUCUGGACAGUUACCCUGACAGGGCAUUCUGUCAGGCUCUGUGUCUUAGAAGGCUUGACCACUGACUACACCCUGUUCCAAAGCCUUGGAAGGAAUGGUGAGGAAGUGGGUGGCAUCUCUGAAUAAAGGUUCCCAUCAGGCCUAGA